AUGUAUUCUUGGGCUCCUCUUCUCUUCCUAGUUCUGGCAGUGGUAUGGUCUUUGGUCCAUCUCCUCCGUUCAAUUAGAGUAGGAAGCAAGGAUAGGCUUCCUCCUGGUCCACCAGGGCUACCCAUUUUGGGAAACCUUCAUAUGUUGGGUGACCUCCCACACCGGACCCUCCACACGUUAGCCCAACGAUACGGUCCGAUCAUGUACAUGCGUCUGGGUCUCGUCCCAACCGUCGUAGUCUCAUCCCCUCAGGCCGCCCAACAGUUCCUAAAAGCCCACGAUCUCAUCUUCGCCAGCCGUCCAUACUUACAGGCUGUCAAAUACAUCGCUUACGAUCAGCGAGGCUUGGCCUUCUCCACCUACGGUCCAUAUUGGCGCAACGUACGUAAAUUGUGCACUCUUGAAUUGCUCAGUAACCUAAAGAUCGAGUCGUUCAAGCCCAUGAGAAGAGAAGAGGUGGGGCUCCUUGUUCGAUCGAUCAAAUGCGCUGCAGAGGCUCAUGAUGUGGUGGACCUCAGUGCCAAGGUGGCAUCCCUCACCACAGACAUGACGUGCCGAAUGGUGUUGGGCAAGAAGUAUAUGGGGGAGAAACUCGACAACCGGGGUUUCAAGGCAGUCAUUCAAGAGAUCAUGUGGUUGUCAGCUACUUUCAAUGUGGCGGAUUACAUACCCUGGCUUCGGGUCCUUGACCUGAAAGGGCUCACUCGCCGAAUGAAGUCGGUGAGUAAGGUGUUUGAUGACUUUUUUGAGAAGAUAAUCGAUGAGCAUGAUAAAUCGAAGGAGAUGGGCCAUGAUAGGGACUUUGUUGAUGUCUUGUUAUCCUUGAUGAAGUCGGAGAUGGACGGCGAUUUUCGAGUUGAUCGAACCAAUACAAAAGCGAUAUUGCUGGAAAUGCUCGCUGCAGCAAUCGACACAUCAGCAACUGCGAUCGAGUGGGCCCUCUCAGAGCUCCUCAAGCAUCCGCAAGUGAUGAAGAAAGUACAGGACGAGUUAAGGACUGUAGUCGGCUUUGAUCAGAUGGUGGAAGAGUCAGACCUGCCAAAGUUGGAGUACUUAGACAUGGUAGUGAAGGAAAGCUUGCGGCUCCACCCAGUAGCUCCGUUCCUCAUCCCUCGUGAGUCCAUGGAAGAUUGCACCAUCAACGGCUUCCACAUACCCAAGAAAUGCCGUGUCAUCAUCAACGCAUGGGCCAUAGGACGUGAUCCAACUUCCUGGUCCAAUGCCGAUCAAUUCUCUCCAGAGAGGUUCGUUGGUUCUAGUAUAGACGUUAGGGGCCGUGAUUUCCAACUUAUUCCAUUCGGAUCCGGCCGUCGAGUCUGCCCAGGAAUGCAGCUGGGUCUCACCGUGGUUCGAUUGGUGGUGGCCCAGUUAGUGCAUUGCUUUGAUUGGGAGCUUCCGGAUGGUAGUUCACCUGGUGACCUGGAUAUGAGCGAGACGUUUAGCCUUGUGGUGCCAAGAGCCAAUCAUCUACUGGCGAUUCCGACGAAACGCCUCAACAGCGACUUGCUAUAAGAAAAGUGAUCCAGUCAGUCAGAAUUUAAAACGUUCAUAUCUUACAAAUCAGAAUGAGCUAUUGGAUGUAUUAUAUAU